AUGAUAUUAAUAAAAAAAAAAACUCAAGGAGAAAUACCCUCAACACCUAUUACAUCAAUCGAUUUUUUUUCUCUUCUUCCUCCGUCUUUCCCGCAGGUCCUCCGCACGGACAUCGUGAUGGACGUCGGCGACUCGCUCAACCCCGCCAUCGACAUCGGGCAGGUGGAGGGCGCCUUCACGCAGGGGCUCGGACUCUACACCUUAGAAGAGCUCCGGUACUCCCCCGAGGGCGUGCUGCUCACUCGUGGCCCCAGCACCUAUAAGAUACCAGGAUUCCAGGACAUCCCUAGAGAGUUUAAUGUUUCACUGCUUCGUGGGGCACCCAACCCAAGGGCAGUCUUUUCCUCAAAGGCUGUAGGAGAACCCCCACUGCUCUUGGCCACCUCCGUUUUCUACGCCAUCAAACAGGCAGUGGCUUCAGCUCGAGCAGAACAAGGCUUCGACCCGGUGUUUCGACUCGACUCCCCUGCAACGGCUGAGAGAAUUAGGAUGGCUUGCCAAGAUUCCCUUACGCAGAAGGUUGAACCAGUGGUCUUAGACAAUGAGAGGCCGUGGUCAGUAACAGUGUAAUAGAAGUAACUUUUACAGAAACGUAGAAUAUUACCCAUUAUUGAAUUAUUACCUUUCAAGUUAAUACAACGUACUUUUUGGUAUAUCAUUAAACAUAUAUAUUCUGCAUAAGAUCAAAUAAUCAGUUUAUUCAACACUAGGCAGUCUUCAGUUAAACAAGAGUGGUGGUUAACACUGUCAAUGUUGUUCACGUAAAGGGCCAGGCGAAAACCACUUUUCUUUCUCUCACUUUUCUUUUUGCUGCAUUUAAUAUUGACAAGAACUGAUAAUUAUGGUCUUUAUCAUCGUGAUUUUUGAUAUUUACAAAUCUAACCUAAUGAUGUAAGUGUUGAUAAGAGUAAAUAGUAAUCAAAGUUGGUGCAGUUGUUUGAAGAGUUAUGGUUUGUGGAAGAACGGUAUAACUUUGGUAAUAAGAUAUAUUAUUAUUGUUUUGUUAUUUACAAAAUAAAAUUUUUAAAAUCAUAA